AUGGAUAGUGCUCCAGCUCAUCCUCCAGACUUGGAAGAGCAAAUGGUGAAGGAGUUUCAUUUUAUCACAGUGAAGUUCUUGCGAGUUGAGGCACCUCAUCAACAAGGCAGGUUGGUGCCACUCAGAACUCUCGACCCGGCACAGUUCUCCAAGAUCACGUCACUGAAAAAAGCUUUCAUCAUCACUUUUCUCGAUGAUACUGAAGCUGACAAGGUGCUUACACCUACUGCCAUGAAGACCUUAGAAGACCGAGGCUUUACCAUCUCUACAUCACCAUACAUGCUUGCAAAAUGUUCAGUGUUUAUGAAACGUCUUGACAAGCUGAUCACGAACAUGGCCAUCCAGGAAAUUACUACAUCACUUGAAGACCUCAACACCUGGGCCAAGAUUGACAAUGUAGUGAAGAUCCCCAACGCUUCCUCAAUUUAUCGAAACCUGCUGGACAGUUUGCGUCUGUGGAAUGAGCGUGCUCAGUUGGAUGUUAUAAUGAAUGAUAACAAACAUGCAGAGAGACCACCUCAGCAUAUUUACAUCACAUGCAACUUUUGUAAGAAAGGCAUUUCUGCAUACAUCCAAGCUCCUGGACGACCAAGAAAUCCAUAUGCUAGAUUUGGCACUGGAUCUGCAAAUAAAUCUAAGAUGCAAGCAUGUCCAAACUGUAGGAAGCCACUCCCUCGUUGUUCUCUUUGUCUGGUACACAUGGGAACACCUUCGGGGUGGGGAAGCUCAAUACCUAAAAGUUCUGGUGGUGAAGAUAAUGCAGAAGGUGACUCCAGUACUCCCACCUCAGACACUGCUGUGAGGAGGAGAAAGCUCAGUAACUUCACAUCAUGGUUUACCUGGUGCCAGACAUGCAGGCAUGGUGGACAUGCACAUCAUUUGAUGGAAUGGUUCAAGGAGCAUACAGAAUGUCCUGUCACCUCUUGCAACUGCAAGUGUAUGUCAUUAGAUACGGUAAAUAAAGUAGCAUCCUCCUCGGUGUCUGUCAUGGCCAAAUAGUCAUACCAUUCUCAUAUUGGUCAUGUAUGUUUUGGUGCUAAAUUUAAUUUAUGAAAUAUGUUGAUUUAUGAUUAUGACAAACUUAUUGGAAUAUUGUCUUUCAACAGCACAUAAAAAUAAAAAUAGUUGUGGUGCAUGGGAAGUGAGAGAUUUUAAAUUAAUGUAAAGAGUUAGGAGUAAUCAUUUUGUUUACCUUACCCAAGACAUGUUAAACAUUGCAGUAGACACCAGUUAAUUCACAGUUUUAAACUCCUGAACUCACCAUGUUUUAGACAAUCAUUAAUUAUACAGGUACUGUACUUAGACAUAUAUAAUGGAAAAGGGAUUAAGGUCCUGAAACAACCUUCAACUCUCUCUCCACACUAAAGAGAUCACUGUUGGGCCUAAGAAAACCUAGUGAUUUUAUAUUACUUGAAUCUGUCUAGGAAACCUUUAAAAGAGGCAGUAAUUAUUCUGUGGCACAGAGGCCUGGUAGAUUUCAUUGUAUUUAUUCUACCUUUUAAAUGUUAAUCCACUGUAGAAAGGAAUUCUCAUAGCUUGUGUUUGUCCUCAAAGUAAUCAAAACCCUUUAAUUUUCUAAAUAACUGGGCUUCCUCACCUCUUUACUCUGUGUUAUUCCUCUUUGUUUGUUUUUUUCAAAUCUGUAUAGGUUUCCUUCUCUUUAUGUGGUUUUGUAUUGUGUGAAUUCACUUAGGUUCUGAUCCUAUUUCCACCAGGAAUUUUCUAUGUGUGAUAUAGAUCUUAUGCAGUCACCAAAGCCCAUCAUCACUUGAUUUUUUUUACACUGUAACUCCUGCCUUGGCGGGAGACAGUCGUUGAGUUGAAAAAAACUCUAAAUUUCUCAAAACUGGUUUAUAAUGAUAUGAGAGGGAAUGAUUAGAAAGAAAGAAAGAAAUCAGAUUUCUAAACAAGUCAGAUUAGGAAAUGGAAAUAUCCAUUGAACAUCUUUUGAAUGAAAUACAGUAUGUAGUACCUUGACUUACGAGUUUAAUUCGUUCUUUGACCGAGCUUGUAACUCAGUUUGCUCAUAUAUCAAAUCAGUUUUCCUCACUGAAAUUAAUCAAAAUGCUAUUAAUCCAUUCCAGCCCCCCCACUCCACCAAAAAAAAAAAAAAAAUUUUUAUGGGUUUUUAAAUAAGAAAAUGUAUUUAUAAAUAAAAAAUGAUUUUUGCCUUUUUCUUCAUGUCCCAGCAAUGUUUUAGAAAUGCUGGAUUAUAUAUGAAACUCCUUGAAGAUGAGUGUCACUCCACUGCUGACAGUGCAGCGGUGGAGUGACAUUUGAUGAUCGUGCACUGCCUUGGCUUUAUUUUUCACUGUUACACAUAAACAUGUCUCUGUUUCUUUCUGUCUAUCUGUCUGUUUCUGUCUGUCUAGCUCUAUGUUUAUCUCUGUCUCUGCUUAUCUGUCUUUGUCUUCCUGUCUCUCUACUUGUCUCUCUGUCUCAGAGAGAGAGCCGCUCAUGAACCAACGGGUAUUACGCACAAUGCAGUUGGUCAUGUCUGAUUCCUGAACAAGUGAAAAUGUGUAUUACUUGCCAGUCAUGCUUAUUAUGCCUUAUAUCUACAAGCACAGUAUAGCACUUCGUCUGGAUUUUUUGGGUUAUCCUAGGUAAUUUACACUAUGUAUAACUGUAUUUAUGUGUACUUAUGGGUCUGGACUAAAUUGCUUCACUAAACAGGAAGUUCAAACCUAAUUCGUCGGAUAUUUCUAAUGGCUGUUGAAUAUCCACAUUUUUAGAGAUUUUAGCCAUGGCUCUGGUGAUCACAUUAAGGGGGAAUAAAUCUAGCCCUGCCUCAGAAGCUUCUAAUGCAUAAUUUAUAUCGCAGGGAUUAUCUAAAACCAGAGGCUCUUUGGGUAUCUCCAAUUGAACAAUUUCAUUCCCGAUUAAUAGAUCUCUGCCAGCAAUUGGGAAAGGUUUAUCUGAAAGUCCCACAUUGAUCCAGCCUACAUAUCCAGGCAGUUCUACAUAAAUCCUUACAAUGGGGACCUUUAUUAUUGUGCCUCCGUAUGCCUCUAAUAAUACGUCCAGCCGGGGUUCGUUACUACUAGGUAACUUUACAAGGUUUGAUCUUAACAAAGAGAGAUAGCUGCCAGUAUCUCGAAAGGUCGUGAUGUUUACUAACCUCUCUUUACAGAGUCCGAACUUCCCUUUGGAAAAGUAGGGUUCCAUAGCUGCUCGGACCUUUUCUUCUGAAGUACUAUCGUGGUAAAGUCAUCUAUUAGACGGUCUGCUAGACGAGGCCUGUAAACGUAAAGAUUCAUCAUCCAGGGUUUUAUACUUCUGAGAGGAAUUUAUUACCUGAGUAGGAUAUCUCCCUCUUGGUUGGGUUUUAUCUUCCCGCUGUUUAUGUCAACACUGGAACUGCCUAUGCCCCCAACUUAUUACAAAAAAGGCACAGUGGUAAUUGAUCUUUAGGGUAAUGCCUGGAAAAAGAGCCAUUUGUCACCUGUUUUUUUUCUGAAAACACCUUCAAAGGUUUGACAGCUGGAGCUUUCCUAGUAGUCAAUCUUGAACUAAAACCUUGGGAGGCAAAUUUCUUUUCCAGGGCCUUAGCCAUUUCUACGGUUAUAGCAUGUGAAAUUUCAAAAUGAUCUGCGUGGGCAGCAGUAUCUAACAAGUUAGUAGUAGGAAAUGUCAAAAGAUAUGUAUGAAUCCUCUCCGGGAAAUAUUUAAAAAGGUCUUCAUGUAAUAUCAGCUGGGAAAGUGACUCUACUGAGGAGGCUCCUGUGGCCCUACGCCAACGCUCAAAAGCCAAGAGCUUUUCUCUAGCAAAGUCCACCCAAGAUUGCUGAGGAUAUUUCCUCAGAGUUCUAAACAUCUUUAAGUAACUAACAGGUAACAGG